UCCUGUAUCUGCUCAGGAGGUAUUGGAGCGUAAAGUGAGUCACACAGCUACGUCUGGGCGUGCCUUCUGCCUCUUCUCCACUCCCUGUGCCACUUCCUGAGUUCUCUGAGAAGCCGUCCAGGAAACAUGCUCUUGGCGGCCCCCACCUUCCCCUCAGCAAUCUCUGUCACCUCCUAGACCACUGUCCCUGCAGUUUCUCAGAUAGCACUGAGGCUGGGGCUGCGGACAGAGAGCUCGGACCUCACAGCAGCGGCUGCUGCCCUGGCACAGGCGUGAGCAGGAUCCUAUGACCAGCUGCCCCUUCCAGCCUAUGGUGAUGGAGCCAAGUGAUUCCUCUCGUGUGGACUCUGAGUUUCGAUACACCCUCUUUCCGAUAGUUUACAGCAUCAUCUUUGUGCUGGGGGUCAUCGCCAACAGCUAUGUGCUGUGGGUCUUUGCCUGCUUGUACCCUUCCAAGAAAUUCAGUGAGAUAAAGAUCUUCAUGGUGAACCUCACCGUGGCCGACCUGCUCUUCCUGGUCACACUGCCCCUGUGGAUCAUCUACUACUACAACCAGGGCAACUGGAUUCUUCCCAAAUUCCUGUGCAACUUGGCUGGCUGUUUCUUCUUCAUCAACACCUAUUGUUCAGUGGCCUUCUUGGCUGUCAUCACUUAUAACCGCUUCCAGGCAGUGACACGACCCAUCAAGACUGCUCAGGCCACCACCCGCAAGCGUGGCAUCUCUUUGUCCCUGAUUAUCUGGGUGGCCAUUGUGGGUGCUGCAUCCUACUUCUUCGUAUUGGACUCCACCAACACAGUGCCCAACACGAUUGGCACAGGCAACAUCACACGCUGCUUUGAGCAUUACGAGAAGGGCAGCGUGCCGGUCCUCAUCAUCCACAUCUUCCUCGUGUUCAGCUUCUUCCUUGUUUUCCUCAUCAUCCUCUUUUGCAACCUGGUCAUCAUCCGCACGCUGCUCACACAGCCAGUGCAGAUGCAGCGCAAUGCAGAGGUCAAGCGCCGGGCACUCUGGAUGGUCUGCACGGUCUUGGUUGUGUUCAUCAUCUGCUUUGUGCCUCAUCACAUUGUGCAGCUGCCCUGGACCCUGGCUGAGCUGGGCUUCCAGAACAGCAGCCUCCAUCAAGCUAUUAAUGAUGUGCAUCAGGUCACUCUCUGCCUCCUUAGUACCAAUUGUGUCUUAGACCCCAUCAUCUACUGUUUCCUCACCAAGAAGUUCCGCAAGCACCUCAAAGAGAAGUUGUACAGCAUGCGCAGCACCCGGAAAUGCUCCCGGGCCACCACAGAGACGGUCACCGAUGUGGGCAUGUCGCUUAACCAUAUCCCUGGCAGUUCCCUCAGAAAUUAGUCCCUGACUGUUGGGGCUGGGCACAGAGGCUUAUCCUCCUUGGACAUCAUGGACUGACCUGGGGAAAGAAGGGGUGUCUGCUGUGGUCUGGGCAUGUCCUCCCUGGUCACUGGUGGCCUAUUAGGUAUAGAGGCUCUAUCACCAAGGUAGGGAUGGUGGCAGAGCCAGACUGCUGGAAAAUCCAGAACUUUAGCUGCCUUUGGACACAUGCCAUGAUAACCUUGGCUGCUACCCUCCUCCUGAACGCCUGAGCGCCUGAGCCUGAUAGCUCUGGGAGGGAUGUCAGGGCCAGGGGCAGUCCCUGUGGACAGACUCGGAGCCACCCAGUUUAGCCUUCCAGGGCAGCAGUCCCAAAUGAGUAUGGCCUAAAGUUUUGGGCAACCACUCCUUUUAUCACUAAAAAGGCCGAGAAGGGGUUUUGGGAAAGGGAUGCCCCCUUGACUGUGUGGCACUGCCUUUGGGACAAACUUUUGAGCGAGGAUGAUGCCACUCAGUCUCCAUCCACAGGCACAAGGUCUUUGUGACAUUUCUUAGGGGAAGUGGCUUGGUGGGACCUUCUUCUGACUCAUGCAACAACCUGUCCUGAAUGGUGACCAGAGAAGAGAAAAUAUGUGUAGACCAAAAGCUAAGAUGGGGAACCUGUCUCCGGAGGCAGAUGUGUCUUUCUGCACAGGCCUGGAUCAGUUCUGGGGCAGAGGGUGAGACACAAGUGCUCCAUCUUUCCAUCUCAACAAGGGACCCUGAUGAAAUAACUCCCCAACUGUGGGUGGGCAAAGGAUCUUCAAAGCCACAUUGGGGCCAUUUGGGCCACUGCAAGGCCCACAGGCUUCCACGGGAAAGGACGCUUAGGCUGAGAAGUGCCAGCGGGUGGGUGAGGCCUCCAGAAUGGAACUGUCAGCUCUUCUCUCCCACCUCGAUUUCUAGGCGGCCCCUCCGGAUUUAGUUUCCAGGAGGUGAGAGGAGCAUCUAUAAUCCCAAGGGCAGGCAGGCGCUUUGGACUCUGGGCACAGAAGAGAAGGGAAAACUUCUCUUGAGGAUCUCUAGAUGCCUGAGCCUCCUUUUGCUCCCUGAGUGCCUGCAGUGUGAACUUGGCAGCCUCAGGCCCAGGGGCUUGGAGGAACCUUCCCUGCUUUCCAGAAACCUUCCUGCCUUCCAGCAAGUGUCCCCACAAAGCCAGGAUCCUUGUUUCCUGCUUACUGGGCUGAUUCUGAUAAAUGCCUCCAAAUGGACUGGUAACCUGCUUAGGUCUGGGAUGGUAGCCGUGGGCUGGACUUAGCGGAUGGUGACUAGGUGAAUAGUGCAGCGUACUUGAACUUUGGUGUCCCACAGACCCAGGUUCAAGUCAUGGCUUUGUCACUUCCUACUCAGGGACUGGGAGCUGAAUUUCCUACCUCAUAGAGUUGUUAUGAGGAGCAGAUACCUCUUGGUCAGGGCGACUGCUCAUCCCAUAUUGUCCCUUUUUCUGAGAAUUUGUCCCCUCUCAUCCUCUGACAAGAGCUAAAGGGAUAGAAGGUGAGCAUCUGACUCUUGUGGUCCAGUUCUCUCUCAGGAGUAAGCAGCAAGAUUCAGGGAUGCUCUUUCAAGCUCUGUAGGCCACUUGCCUGAAGACAUAAAUUCUGGAGGUGUGUGUGUGUGAGAGAGAGAGAGAGAGGGAGUGUGUGUGUGUGUGUGAGAGAGAGAGAGAGAGAGAGAGAGAGAUGUGUAUUUGUGGCUGGCAGGGAGUAGGUAUCUGCAUUAACAUAGUAGAGGAAAUAGCUCUGCUCAGAGAGGAGAGGGAGAUGUGCAGAGCAAGGCAAAGACCAGAGAGGGACCACAGGGACCUGGAGAGAGGAGGGAGUGGUGCUUCCAGGGCCUGCUGGCUCUCUUCCUCCUGGCCCAGCCCUUCUCAGAGCUCCACUUCUGCACUCCUUCCUUUGGGUCCUUGUGAGAUUCCCCUGUUAAGAUACAUGCCCUUACUUCACUUAAGCUGAUUUGAGUAUCUAUUACUUGCAACGAAAAGAGCUCUGAAUGCAAUAGAUGCUCAUAUGCUGACGCACAGUGUUUGUUGAAUUUCAGUUGUUUGUAUACCCCCUCGUAAUUUUUGCACUAUCCGUGUGUCAUCUGUCUGUUUACUCAAUAAAUAUUUUUCUUGAAAUCAAGUCACUUUUAAAAACUUAAAACUAUUUAGUGUCUACAUCUAUCAAGAUUCAUCAAAUUGUGCAUCUGAAAUACAUGUAGUUUACUGUGCAGGAAUCACACCACAAUAAAUGUGUUAAAAACAAAACAAAACAAAACAAAACAAAAC